AUGAGUGGUUUAUUCGGAACAGUGCGAAAGUUCUUUAGGCCAAAGGGCUUGAUAGGAUACGAUCUUCAAGGUAACAAGUACUUCGAGAUACCCAAUCCUGCAGGAGGUCGAAUGAAGAGGUUCGUGCAAUAUAAGAAGAAUAGGGAUUUAGCAGAAUACUCAAGAUCGGAAUUGAAACCCCCCGUACAAUGGCGAGCUUGGCUAUCACAUACUCGAGUCGAACCGCCUUCUCUGGAAGAACUAGAAUUUGACUUCUCAAGACAACAGGAAUUGGGACCUAAGAUAAUAGCUAUCGAAGCUCGUGAGAGAGAAGAAAGGAUACGUCAAGGAUAUCUAUUACCUGAUGGAUCUAAUCCAAACGAAAUAAAACCAUCUCAAAUCGCAGGUCCCUCCACUACGUCUGAACGUAAAGCUCGUAUAGCUCAAAUAGGUCAAUCAAAUCACCUCCAACCAAAUCAAUCACACUCACACUCACAAUCAUCAUCGCAGAUGCAGGGGCAAUCACAAGCAUCAUCUCGAAAUCAACCUCAUCCUAUUAAUGCAUUAAAUUCAGAAAAUAAUACAUCAACUCAAUCGGAAUAUCCUAUACCCACACCAACCCAUAAUCAAAUCUUACCACCGUCCAUAACCGUUGAUCCAAUCCAGCAUUCCUCGGCUGAAGAUCUAAGGAAAUUAGCCAUGGAAGAUACCAGAAAACGUAUUGCGGAAAGUGAAGCUAAAUCGGAGCCGGAAAAGAAAGAUAGAGGUGUACAUGGUGUUGGAUUGGGUUUGGCUGAAGGUGGUUUACAACCUAGACGAAGAGGAAAGCAGUAG